CUGCCUCUGGAGAAGCCCUUCCUACUGAAGUACAGAUCUGAAGAGUCCUAUAAUAACUGACGUGUGGAUUAGGAAACCAACUGAGCAUUUCUCAAAACAAGUUCAUCUACGCCGGAAGAUACAAGAAGUGAAACCUUGAGCUCCACAGAUUUUGGGAAUAUGACAUCAGGUUCAUCGAUGAUGAACGGGGAUAUCAUUCAUCCACGUGGAGCCCACGGGUCCAGUGCUGGGAAUGUGGGAAAUAUAGAGGAGAUCCUCCAGCAAAUGAACACCCUGAUCAAGGAGAACAGAGAAUUGAAGGAGGCCCUGAAACAGACUAACUUGUCCAUGAGAGAGAGAUUUGAAGGCUUGUCUGCAUGGAAGGAGAAACAAAAGGAAGAGAGAGGUUUCCUGGAGAAACGACUAGAGGAGGCCAAAGCCAGACUGAACACCGUGGACCUCGAGAAUGAGACACUGAAGAAGCGAGUGCAGGAGCUGGAGAAGAGUGGAGCCGAGUGUUUACACACUGAGCUGGGGGCAUUAAGGGGUCAGAUUGCCAGACUUCAGGCUGAGAAGAAUGAUCUGGUAGCUUUGAACUCUGAACUCCAUCUGAAAAUGGGUCAAGGGUCACUCGAGGACUCCUUUAUCGAGAUCAGAAUAGCUGACAAUGUGUUGAAUGUGACCAGAGAUUUGCCUGGAACACAAAAGGACCUGUCCAUGUCUUGCAUGCCAAAGGCUGAAUCAGAGGAACAGACUGUGAGGCAGCUGCUUCAGUCCCUCAGGAAAGAGACUGAUGAGAAGAAGAUGCUGCAACUCAAGCUGCAGGAGGCAUGGACGAGGAUAGCAGAGUUGGAGCACAAAGUGGAUCAUGCCGAGAGCAGCGCACAGACAUCUCUCCCCUGUACAACUGAUAACUCAAGCGCUGAGGUGAAAGCUCUGAAAGAACAAUUGAAGAAGCUCUGCAAUGAAAUGAAACAGGCUCAGAUCAAACUGGAUGAGGCAGAGAACAUGAAGAAAAACCUACAGGACAGGUGUAAAGAGCUGGAGCAGGAUCUGCACACUCUGAAGACUCAGCUGGGAGAUAAACAGAAGGUCCAGGCCGAGAAUGAGACCCUGAAAACUAAGAUGGAGAGUCUACAAGCUGCUAUCAAACUGGAACAGAAGAAAACUCAGGAUGAGAAGAAUGACAUGAACCAGCUAAAAGAUGCCUACACCAAACUGUUUGAGGACUACAAUGAACUCCAAGAGGAAAAGAAGAGAGAGGGGAGUGUACGAGAAGAGCACAAUGACCUCCAAACCAGGUUUGCUGCAGCUGAGAAAGCACUGGCAGUCAAACAGCAGAAGAUUGAUGAGAUGAAGAUGGAGAUCUUUCAGAAGGAGAAGGAAAUGGAGACCAUCACUGUUUUCAAAGCUCAGGCAGAAAUAUACUCUUCAGAUUUCUAUGCAGAGCGGGCAGCUCGUGAGAAGAUUCAUGAGGAGAAAGAGCGUUUGGCCACCCAGCUGGAAUAUGUGAAGAAACAAAACAGCCAACUGCAGGACGAGAUGGAGUCACUCGGCAGGCAGUCCUUGAUUGAGGUGCAAAGGAGACAUGUGCCCCAUGGGGCCAAUCCACAAGGGCCCACAUCACCCCAGGCCGGCAGAGGUGAUUGGCAUCAGCAGAAUAUUCCCGAUCAUGCUUGUCCAAAGUGUGGAGAAGUCCUGCCUGACCUAGACAGCCUUCAGAUUCACAUUAUGGAUUGCAUCAUCUGAACCUGUUGCCUAGCAACCACACAGGAUUCUACCCAUAUGUGAAUCAGUUGUUUGAUAGCUUUAUUUUGAAGCACUAUGCCUAUGGCCCCCCUAUAAACAUUAUGCAUACAUUUCACUUAAUUUAAAAGAGGUUCCUAAGCCCUGCAUCCUAACAAUAUUGUACAUUUUAUAAUAAUUAUCAGUAACAUUCAUUAUCAGUAAUAUUCAGAAUAAUCUUGUUACAUGAUAUUGGUUAAAGAAGAGAAUUAGGGUGUAACAUGUAGUUUUGUUGCUGGCAGGUUGGACUUUCUCUAAAUAGACCCCAAAUAACAGCAACAUUCUUUUAAGAUGCUUUUAUGCUGCAGUUUAAAGAUUUCUGUUUGUUUGGAUAAAUUUUCAUGUUUCUGAUUGAAUCAUUAAUUUGUAACGUUUAGUCUCAUUUAAGGUUGGAUUAUACAGAGAAGUAUGUCUUUUGCUCUCUAUGCCAUACAUGAAGGAUAUAUAUAUAUAUACAUAAACAAUUUUUUUAAAUUUUGUUUAAUCUGUUGAACUUAAAGCACUUUAUCAUUAGCAUUGUUUAAAAGUUAGAUAUGGGGCAACUUUCAAUAUCAUUGUGUCUAAUCAUGAACAGCAGUGUAUAUGGAAUAUGUUAUAACAUGCCUAAAUGUAAUAAAUACUUGUCUUAUAUUCAACUAAAAAUGUAUUUUCUUUGAAACAUGAUCUAAAGGACGUUAGUGCCCUCUUGUGGUGAACUGUGAGUAAUGUGGGUAAAGUUGAAAGGCUGUGCUUGUAGAGAAAUAUUCCACCUGCAGAAGAUGACUUUAAAACUUUACAGCUACAG